AUGGACUUUCUCCGCGGUGCCUCGGCUAGUUUCCAUCUUGGCAAGGGCGGUCGCCCUCUCUGGUUCCCAGCCUGGCCCAAGUCGCCUUCGGCCGCUUCCCGCGGUGCUCAGCGACACAUCCCAUCCGAUCUUCCUUGGACACUGACCCUCCGAGAGCGUCAAAGCCGUGCCUUUGCCAACCAUCAAAUCUUCUCGCUGCUCCUCGUUCUUGCCAAUCUGGUGUCGCUGCUGUUCGUCGUCGGCGACUACCGCGAUGCCGCCAAGACCGAUCUGUCCUCGGCAUGCUGGUCGCUCGAGUCGGCAGCAACAACGGUCUCAUCCUUCCCUCACUAUGCUGCAGCAUCCACAAAUGAAUUGGUGCUGUCGGCAUCAAACGUGGCUCUCAAUCGUACGGCAAGCCUCGUCCAGGGCGGCAUCCAGCUGCUGCACAAUGUGCUGCUGUAUCUCAUCCGCCGCUAUCAGCGGCUGCUGCUCUGCACCAUGGAUACGGUGCUGCAGGCCACCGUCGGAACGCUCGCUCAGCAUGCCGAGGAGAUCCGGGCAUUUCUGAACACCCAGAUCCAGGCGGUCGAUCAGGCCCUGCAGAGCGGACUGAGCCAUGUCAACGCCGUUAUCACCUCGACGGUCCCUGGCGAUGUGCUGGCCCUCAUCGUGCAGCCGCUCGGCGGCAGCAUCCAGGAUCCCAUCCAGCUCUCGGGUGUGAUCCAGGCCCUCAACUUCACCAUCCCCGAGACACUCGUCCAGGCCCUCCAGAAUCUGUCGUCCAGCAUCCCGAGUCUCGACCAGAUCGAAGCCACGAUCGAGCAGAGUUUCUCGGCACCCUUUCAGACAAUCGAGGAUGCUGCCCGGGACAAAAUCUCCCAGCUUGCAAUCUCUCCGACCCUUCUGCCAGUCCCGCCGCUCGCCAGCCCGGUGUCCUUCUGCUCGGACCUGCUCGACCUCGGGUGGAUCGAUCAGGUUGCCGCCGACCUCCAGCUCUUGCUGCUGGUGGCUUGUGGGGUGGUGCUCUUCCUGUCGCUGGUGUCGAUUGCUGCCGAUGUAGUGAUGGAGAGUCGCAAGUACCAGCAAGAGCAGCGCCAGAUUGCUGCGUUCCACUCGCUGCUGCUCAACCUGGACGUCAUUCCGGGCACCAGGUCCGAACUGGCAUGCUCAUGGUCGCUCAGCCAGUCUACCGAGCUGUACACCAUCGCCAGCCAUCCCCGACAAUCUCGCUUCCUCUCGGCCCUCUUUGCUCGACUGGAAAGGCACUGUUCACUUUCCCAACCGGCUCGUGCUCGCAUCAAGUGGCUUGUCCGCUAUGCAUCUCAUUCUCCGUCCGGGUUGUGUUUUCUCACGGGUCUGCUCGGCGUCGCGAGUAUCUCGUGCCAGCUCUGGUUGAUCCAAGCACACCGCCCAGAUCUCGUCCGCACUGUCGCUGCCGGGCUCAAUCAGACGCUCUCAUGGGUCGAGCCCAAGAUUGUACAGGUGGCCAACGAGUCGCUCGGCAGCUAUCUCUACGACAUCGACACCCGCAUCCAGCAGAUCGAAAGCGAGAUCAACGGCGAUCUCUUUGGCUGGGUCGACAAUACCCUGGCCAUCCUCAACACCACCGUCGCCGGCUUUGCCACGGGAUUCUCAGAGGCCCUCAGCGCUGCCUUUGCGCCUGUCCCUCCGCUCCGGGACGCCGUCAUGCAGUUUACCGAGUGUCUGCUGCAGAUCAACCUGACCGUGCAAGAGCUGAACCAACUCCAGACCGAGGCCCGCUCCCGGCUCCGGAUCGAUUUGCCGUUGGCCAGCAGCAUGACCUGGGCCCUGAACGAAAGCUCGGUCCGCGACAUGUUGCUGAGGAUCCAAGGCUCCUCGCCCUCGCUCUCGCAGCUGUCGUCGUUAUCGUCCUCGGACAGCCUCUCGGCUGGACUGGAUCUCAUCUUGGCAAAGUACUUUGAUACGCUCUGCCGCCACCGAUAUGUCUUUGCGCUCCUGAUGGCAUUUGGAAGCCUGGUCUUUUGGCUUGCGUGUCUCCGGUUGCUGCUUUCGUGGGCCAUUCCCGUCAUUGCGAUUCCAACGCCAAGUCCACGAGCCGAUAGCCAAAGCGUCGUCGCUGGCCCGAUGGCAAAGCUCAGUCUCGACCUCAGCGAUGGCAGCCUCAAAGACAGCAAUCGGGAGCGAUAUCACCAGGAUCCGUUCACGCCCUCGCUCAUAUCUUUGGAGAGCUGUCCAGGAUCACCGCACCCAGGGGACAGGACCCUCAACGAUCCUGCUCCAGAAGCGCCAUCGACGGAACAAACGAUGGCUGCUACUCCAGGCAGAAAUGGCCUCGAGCCGCAGCCAGUACCAAAGCUCCCAGUCCUGGAGUCGGAGUCGGAGUCGGAGUCGAUGUCGGUGUCGAUGCCGCCGCCACUUGUCCAGCGACUUCGAGCCCGCAUCUCGUUCCGGGUUCCACUGCUCCGUUGUCCUCAGAUUCGAACGCAGGCCCUUGGGUGGCUCGACAGAGUGCGUGAUCGACGGCUCCAUCCGUCCGACUCGCGAUCGGAGUUGCGAGCAUCGUGGCAUUCAAGCAUCAUGUUGCUCGAGCAGCCGACACACAGCGAGCACCGUGACAGCGACCAGGAUAGCCUCGGCAGUAGUGGCGAGACGGAGUGGCCAUAGGCCAUCCAUUCUGGAUGAGGGAGCGAGGGAGGGAAGGAGUUGUUUGGUCCCACAGUGACAGGGGCAUUUCGUUUCAAACUGGGAGCUCAGCAUACG